AUGUCCUCUCUACCCGCUGAACAUGCCGUUUGCUUCGCCAUCGUCUCCAGAGCUCUUGCACAGGCCCGUGAGGAGUUCAGACUCGAGAAGCACCUCAGAAAAGUUUCACCGGGCCGCCAGCCAAGGCCGUCGUUCUCGGUAGACUUGAGAUCCAAGCAGAUCUCAAGCAUCCCGCUGGAGGCUAUUGAGCUCAUCAAAGAUGAAGUAGAAAGACUCGCUUUGGCCCAUAAUCAAUUGACCUCGCUGCAAGAUGGGUUCUCGGGCCUUCACAGAAUGAGAUAUCUGAACCUCCGUGCGAACUUACUCGGAGAAUUUCCGGCGGUGAUCACUCGCCUGCCGUCGCUUGAGAUACUUGACGUCAGUCAUAACCAAAUAGGCUCACUGCCCGAAGACUUUGGGACCCUGAUGUCGCUGAAGGUGCUCUCAAUGGGCAAAAACAAAAUCACCAUUCUGCCUAAUUAUAUUGGCGCCAUGCCCAAUCUCACGAUCCUGAAGCUCCACCACAACCCCAUCGUCUUCCCCCCAAAAGACCUCCUGGCCAAAGACGACGCAACGGACGACGAAGUAUGGCUGGAGGAGGUCAAGAGAUUCUUGAGGCAGCAUGCGGAGAAGAUGGGCACGGGGUCCGAAUCAAGUAGUGAUUACGGCCCAGACUUGGGGAAUGAUUCUUGUUCAUCAAUCAAUACCGCGACCUUUGCUUCUAGAACACCAAGCCCUGGUUCUGUGAAUAGCUGCUGCUGCUCAGUGGAAGGUAGCGAUACGAAUAACAACUCUAAUCCCACCACUACUACUAUUAUUACCACAACCAACCAAGCGGAGGAACAGCAGAAAGAGGCACCAUUCAGGCUAUCAGCAGAGCUCGAUACCAUCAUGCCACACGCUUCCAAUUCUCUAAGGACGCGAUCCGUUAGUCCGUCUAAACGGUCCAUGCUAUCUCUGCACCAGAAUCGCUCGCCUUCGCCACUGUCGAACGCCACGAUGUUGUCUAGCUCUGCACCAAUGCCCGCCUCCUCUCUCUCCCCAUCCCCAUCCUCCUCUAUUGCUUCCGAGCAGGAGCAGCCUCAGACACCGCUUUCAGAGUCCAACCUGUCUCAGCUGGAGCGAUCCCGUAGUCAUAGCGAAUCUACAGCACAGCUGCAAACCAUCCGGGGUAAUCGGAGAAUGGGCAUGUUGCCACCACGCAAGUCCCCAAAUGCCAUUUUCCAAGGAAGCGGGAGCAAUAAUAGCACCACCGGCAGCAGUAGCAAUAGUAGUGGAAGCAUUGGAGAAGGAGGAAACAACAACCUUCGAACCGUUAUCGAACAACCGCAACCGCAACAGCAUCUGCAACAGCAACAGCAACAGCAACAGAAGGCUUCGAAGCACCAACGUGGUUACUCGCACGAUAGCAUCAUCGACUCGGCUGGAAGGACGCUAAAAAAGAAUAUGGGGAAGCCUGCUGACGGUGUUAACGGCGGAUCGCAGGGCAGUCCUACGGAAAAGGAACGACAGCCUGGGCCGUACUUUCGACGGUUAAGCUCGUUACCAGAGAAUAAGCGGACGUCAUUGUCAUCUGCAAGAGUUGGUGAAGCUGCUAGGGGGAUCCUUUAUGCUAUGAGCACACUGCAGAAGCCGAUCGAGCACUUUGUGCAGUCAGCAGUUGAUCCUAACGGACCUCACCAUAAAGUUGAGAGAGCUCUUUAUAACGGGAAUAUCCAUAUAGGGUCAUUGGUUGGAGCUCUGGAGGCAUACGAGGAGAAAGACGAUGAGGCAGCAGUAGAUCAGGUCAUUGAUGCUUGCUACUCUUGCGUUGCCGCGUUCCGACAAGUGCUGUCGAUGCUACAGUCGAGCUCAAAAGAGAUUGGAGCCGGAGCAGCAGGACAUGAUGUCCGCUAUAUGAGGACAUUACUACUUACAGUCUACGGAUCUUAUGUUGAGAUCCAGAGCUCGUAUGAGAUUCUCAGACCAUUGCUUAGGACACAUCGGCCCACACCGAGUGUACAAUCUUUCAGUAGUGCUAGCUCAAUGAUGAGAGGAAGACAGCCGCUGCAGAUUAAUAAUAACCCUGGACUACGACUAGCAUCUAUCCCGUCCGCUACGUUCAUGUCGUCAGCAGCUUAUACAACCCCACGGGGUGGCCCGCUGGGUGCCGACUACUUCUCACUCCCGCCAACGCCGGGUUUAAACAGUGUCCCGUCUUCAGCUGUCUCACAGAUGUCGGAGAAUGGGUUUGGGUUCGACCACGAUGAGCCGUUGUAUGGGAUCUUCCAGACUGCCAUUGGCGCGGCAUUGAGCACGCUGCCAGUCAUCGAGAAAGAGAUUAAGGCUGCGCUGGGGCAGAGCUUGAUGCCGAAUGUGUCUUUGAAACUAAGGCAGGUCUCGGCUUUGUGCGUCAAUGGGGCGGACGCAGCGAGGAAGCUGAGUAAGGUCAGAUGGGAAGCUAUCCAAGAGGGAGAUGUUGGUGAAAGGCGCCGAUUCUGGGACGAUACUAACAUCUUCACUAAGUUGAUUAUCAACAUUGCGGAGCUCAUCAAGAGUACUCACCAAGAAUACACUUUCCGAAAGAACAUGCUCACUGCCGUCGGUAUGGUUGUGCGCCCGACAAAGGAUCUAUAUAUUCUCUUGAAUGGCUCAUCAUUCAGGAUGUACAUGGCUGAGUCCUCUUCGACACCCAAUUCUCCACCAUCAGUUCUCUCACCCACACAAUUUGGGUUCCAGUCCAUGAUUGCUCCCAGCCCGACACCGACAUCCACACCGACAAUGACUGCACCACAAACCUGGCUCGCCGCAACGCCGCUCUCCGCAGCAUUGGGUCCUGCAGCGCAGGCAACGCUGCCACAGGGUAUGUUUUAUCCAAGUCCUGGACUUGGUGGUGGAGGUGGUGGGGGAAGCGGCAGCGGAUCGAAUAGUAGAAGUGCUACUUUGAUGAGCAUGGUACACCCCACUAUGACAAGCGUUAUGAGUGGGCUUGGUGGGGCUGGGAUAGCGAUGGCUAUGCCCGUGACUCCGAGCACACCCGGGCCGGAGGGACCUAUGGGACUUGGAAUGGGGUUGAUGACACCUGGAGCGGCUAGAGGUGGAGUGGGCACUAGUAGUGUGAGCCUUAGGAUGGGAUGA